AUGGGCGGUCACUGGCGGGAAAAAGGAGGAAAGGUGACUGUGCAGUGGGCGGGGCGAGGGGCGGAGCGAGAAGCCGCUUUUGCGCCGAGGGUUGCCUCGCGUGGUGGGGUUCUGCCCGAGGUGACCGAGGAUGUGACUGGCCCGGCCGGCGGCGGCCAGCGGAGGAUGUUCUCCCUCCUGGGCGCGACGACCCUGAUGCUGGUUGCUGGAGCGCCGUGGACUUUGCCCGCAGCCGCAGGGGGAACAAAUCUAAAAUCUCCUGACAAUGUAGAGGUCCACAUCAUUGAUGAUACCUUCACCCUGAGGUGGAAUGGGAGCGAUCCAGCUGGCGGGAACGUGACUUUCUCAGCAGAUUAUCAAGUACCCAGAAAUGAUACUUGGCUAAAAUUGCCUGGGUGUCAAUCUGUUACCAGUACCAAAUGCAACUUUUCUUCACUCAAGCUAAAUGUUUACGAAAAAGUCAAAUUGCGUGUAAGAGCAGAAAAAGGAAACGAGACUUCUCCAUGGCAUAACGUUGACGCAUUCGCCCCAUUUGAAAAAGCUCAAAUUGGUCCUCCAAAAGUACAUUUAGAAGCCGAAGAUAAGGCAAUAAAAAUAAACAUCUCCCCACCUGGAGCAAAAGGUGGUGUCAUGUGGGCUCUGGAUAGUUCGAGUUUUACAUACAGCUUAGAGAUCUGGAAAAACUCUUCAAGUGCCGAAAUAAAGACUAAAACUGUUUAUCCCAGAGACAAAAUUUAUAAACUCUCACCAGAGACGACUUACUGUUUAAAAGUUAAAGCAAGACUUUUGCCGAGAAAAACUGGUGCCUAUAGUCCAGUGUAUUGUAUAAAGACCACAGUUGAAAAUAAGCUGCCUCCACCAGAAAACGUUCGAAUUGAUGCUGUAAAUGACGUCUAUGUUCUUAAGUGGGAUUACGCUUCUGAAAACAUGACUUUUCAGGCUCAGUGGCUCCAUGCCUAUUUUAAAAAGAUUCCUGGGAACAACUCAGGUAAAUGGAAACAAAUGCCAGGCUGUGAAAAUGUCAAAACUACCCAGUGUGCCAUUCCUCAAAAUACUUUCCAGAAAGGAAUUUACCUUAUCCGUGUUCAAGCAUCUGAUGGAAAUACCACAUCUGUUUGGUCUAAAGAAAAAAGAUUUGAUGCUCAGUUACAAAGUGUCCUUGUUCCUCCAACCAUUAACGUGAAACCCACGAAUGAUGUUUCCCUGCGGGUCUUUAUCGGCGCUCCAGAAGAGUCUGAAAACAAGUCUGUGAACCAGCAUUACUCACUAAUUUAUGAAAUCGUAUUUUGGGAAAAUACUUCAAAUGCUGAGAGAAAAACUCUAGAGAAAAGAACUGACUUUACUUUUCCUAACUUGAAACCACUGACUGUAUAUUGUGUCAAAGCCAGAGCACUCACUGAGAAUGAAAGGUGGAAUAAAAGCAGCGUUUUUAGUGAUCCUGUGUGCGAGAAAACAAAACCAGGAAGUACUUCCAAAACGUGGCUCAUAGCUGGGAUUUGUGCUGCCUUAUUGUCCAUCCCGGUCGUCACUUACGUUCUGAAACUAUUCCUGCGAUGUGUCCGUUAUGUGUUCUUCCCAUCAAGUAAACCUCCUUCCACGAUAGAGGAGUAUUUCUCUGAGCCGCCACUCCGGAACCUCCUCCUUUUCACUUCUGAAGAGCAAACUGAAAGGUGUUUCAUAAUCGAAAAUACAAGCAUUAUCACCGCAGUAGAAGAAACUGAGCAAAUCGGUGAAGAUCACAAAAAAUACAAUUCCCAAACCAGUCAAGAUUCGGGAAAUUACUCGAACGAAGACGACAGCAACGACAGCAAAAGCGGCGAAGACUUCCCGCAACAGGAAGCCGAGUGACCGGAAGCAAGAGCUAUACCCUCCGGAAGUUGCGUGGGAGGCACGCCGGAAGUGGGAGCUGCGCCGCUCGGUCCCUCCGCUCCGGCUUGCUGGGGAAGGAAAACAUCUCCAGGUCGUAGGUCCUAAAAUACAGGCAAGCACGUGACUGGGUGGUGUUUGCAAACGGAAGAGCACAGAGCGGGACACACGUUCUCUGUAUUCUUUCCCACGUGUGGAGCCGUGACCGAGGGUGGUUAGUUGUGUUCCUGUCGGGUAACACGGUCACCGUGCUGCCUGUGGCCGCGCGUCACCCAUUCGCCAUCCUCCAUUCCCAGUGUGAUAGUUCAGGAUUUUUCGGGGAGCAGUUAGACACUCUUGUAGGCCCUUGGGAAAUUUCCUUAGAAAAGCCGGGUUCCGUUACCACUGGUUUUCUGGAAAACAGCUUAGUCCAGAAAACAUCUGCAGAUGCCAGGAAUGGGAUCCGUAACAUUUUCAGGGGACUUCUCUCCGGGUAUCCCCGAAACACUGGCUCUACAUCACAGUUGCCUCUCCCUUCUGUGGUUGAGGCUUCAAAACAGGUAAUCUUUUGCUAGACAUUAACACUUCCCGAUUCAGAACUUAAUUCACAACUUAGUAGAACAGUAGCUUCUGAAUUCGCAGCCACCGAAGUUACAGAGAAAGGGCAAACUGUCUAAUUAGAGAAGUUAGGAUUUUUUUUUUAGCAGAAGGAAGUAUGUAGAGGUGAGCCAGGUGUAUGCAGGAAGGCUUGAGACCAGAAUUUGCUACCGAUAGAGUAAGAAGUAGAAGAUAAUGCAGUAGGAGGAAAGCAGGUGACUUUAAUGAAAAACAAGAGUAAUGUGUCUAAUCAACUUUUAAUUAUUAACGUGCCGUGUGGUCGCUUGUUGCUAGGCUCAUGUGCCAUUUUUUUUUUUCCUUUCUCAGUUUUAUUGAGAUGUAAUUGACCUGUAACUUACCUGUGUCGUGUUUCAAACCCGGCCAGCUUCUCUGUGUGUGUAGCUGUGUUCAGGCAUCCCUUGUGUUUCGUUUGCGUGUGCUCAAGAAAAGGAAAAUGUAUUGCCGAGGUGAGGAAGAAAAUGUAACGAAGGAAAACCUAAUUUUAAGAAUUACGUGUUUUCCAAAGGCCACCUAGAGUUUAUAUUUAAACUAUUCACGGAGAUCCUUCCCUUAGGAAGGAAGUCUGGGAGUUUUGGUGGCCUCUGAAGGGAGAAGAGAUGGGAGUGACAUGGUGCGCUGGGACAUCCGUAACCUAAGGCCAGUAUUGUGUACGCGGUGGUCCCCACGGAGGUGACAGGUUCCUCCGUGGGGAAGAAAAGGUUGAAGGCGGCUGCCGUGGGGAAGGCCGUACACCUGCACGUCAUGCGCUCUCCGGGCAUCCUGCGCUCUCCGGGACCUGCCGUCCAGGCUGCGGGCAGAGCGCCGCGGGGGUCAGGAAGGCCCCGGAGCCCCUCUGAGACACAGGCCUGCGCUGGGGGGAUCCCUGAGGUGACCCGCACACAUUCGCCUUUUGAUCUUUCUGACCAGAGACAUUUCCUUGCAGGCAGACCUUCUGGGUUGGCCCUCUGUUUGUAGAGGUGAUAGGAACGUGUUCGGACACCCUGUCCCCCACCCUGUGGCUUUCAUGCCGAGCUGAUGGCGACGGUCCCGGCCAGCACCCAGGCCCUAGAUUGACCCCGGCAACAAAGCUGGGCCCUACGAUGUGGCAGCGUGCGUCUUCACCUCUGUGGCGUUGGGUGAGCACACGUCUCAGCCGCAGCAGCAAACACAAAGCUGCUCAGUUUUGCCCUCGUUGUCUAGACCUGAAAGUAGUACUUACGUUGUAAGUAGUGCCAUGGGUCCGUAAACACAUACCUUCAUGUUUAUAUUUACCCUUGCCCUCACAUAUGACGUGGGCCAUAUUCCAUUGUUAGGACAGCCAUAAACCACUUACUAGUGUAGAUUCUAAUUCGAAAAUUAGCAAUGCUGCUCAGAACUAUGCAUCUUAGAGCAUUUUAGAAUCUGACCAGAAAUUUACAACCGGUAAAGUUAUUUUUUUAAAUAGAAUUUGCAGUUUGGGGGCGCCUGGGUGGCUCAGUCGGUUGAGCGUCCGACUUCGGCUCCGGUCACGAUCUCGCGGUCCGUGAGUUUGAGCCCCGCAUCGGGCU